AUGGACAAGAAUUUGAAUGACGAUGACAAUUCUGAUUCUGAUAAUCCGCUGGUAACACGGAAAGCUGGAGCUUUAUUGAGGACAGGGUGGACGACGGCAUUUGUGAAGGGGUCAGGACCAGUUCUGGAGCUGAGGGGAAACAGAUCUUCACAUCAGCCAUCGUGGGACACGAGGGGUGCUAGUUUAACUGGAACUCCUGGUACUGCUUCUACUACAACUCCAGGUGCUAGUUCUACUGCAACUCCCAGUACUGCUUCUACUAUAAUUUCAGGUGCUAGUUCUACUGCAACUCCCAGUACUGCUUCCACUACAACUCCUGGUGCAAAUUCUACUGCAACUCCCAGUACUGCUUCUACUAUAAUUUCAGGUGCUAGUUCUACUGCAACUCCCAGUACUGCUUCCACUACAACUCCUGGUGCUAGUUCUACUGCAACUCCCAGUACUGCUUCCACUACAACUCCUGGUGCAAAUUCUACUGCAACGCCCAGUACUGCUUCUACUAUAAUUUCAGGUGCUAGUUCUACUGCAACUCCCAGUGCAAAUUCCACUGCAACUCCCAGUACUGCUUCUACUAUAAUUUCAGGUGCUAGUUCUACUGCAACUCCCAGUACUGCUUCCGCUACAACUCCUGGUGCAAAUUCUACUGCAACGCCCAGUACUGCUUCUACUAUAAUUUCAGGUGCUAGUUCUACUGCAACUCCCAGUACUGCUUCCACUACAACUCCUGGUGCUAGUUCUCCUGCAGCUCCCAGUGCAAAUUCUACUACAGCUUCCAGUACUGCUUCUACUACAACUCCGGGUGCUAUUUCUACUGCAGCUCGCAUCAAUAUAUGCAAAACUGAAUGGUUUCACCGUGAUAACCCAUCAGGACAGGGAAUAUGUGAAGAUCUCACCAGUCUACAAAAAGCUUUUCCAUACCGCAUCUGUAAUCACCCGAUAACCUGUGAGGUGGAAACAGCAUCAGAGGUUCCAUCCUCACAGACUGGAGAGAACAUUUGUAGGUGCAGCAUUUCUACUGGAUUCUAUUGUGUGUAUACGGAGAAAAGAGAUGGGAAGUGUAACGAUUACAGAGUACGAUUUACCUGCACUGAAUCUAUGUGUAAGUAUGGGACAAUGGUAGACAUUAUCUUCAGAACAUAAGCUUCAGUAGCAGGGAUGAAAAGUAAUCUAUUUUAAUGAGUUCAUUGCUGAUCAUUCACUUUACCAUCCUCAUGCUAUCGCUAGAUUUGCUGAUAAACUUAUUAUAAAAAUGACCCCAAACUUGAACACACUCUCUUUGACCAUCCUUUAAAAUCGAGAAUGAAUUGCUUUCACUCUGGAUUUGUGGCUCCUUAUGUAAGACAAUGAGGGAA